AUGGAGGUUUCACUCCCCGCGAAGGCAGAGCAGCAUGAUCUGCUGCUCGUGCUCGAUGCAACAUAUUCCAUGAGUUCCUUCAUGGGGUCGCUCAGAUCAUCCCUUCGUCAGAUAGUAUCCAUGUCGGUGCUCACCCGCUGUUUCUCGCGGAUUGGCUUAAUAGCCUAUCGUGACUACAGCGCCCCGACCCUAUUAGAAUGGUCCGGAUGGUACGAUACUUCGCCCGAUGCGACGGGUAUACAGCCCGACCUACUCGAGAUUGCUGCGUCUCUUCGAACAGAAGGAAACUUCGACACCCCCGAAGCGGCAAAGACAGGACUGGCCAAAGCCUACGAAGUCAUGCGUCCGGAUGCCAGAACAGUGAUUCUCUUCUAUACCGACGCCCCCCCUCAUAUGGCUGGCAAUGCUGAACUCCCAGGCCUCUGGCGAACAGAGGGCAAUGGUAUUCGCGAACAGGAAGCCCUAUCGGAUCCUACGAGCUAUGGUGGCUUCGGCCCGAUGUUCAAAGACUGGGUGUCCGCAUGUAACCUCCUCCGUGAAGGCGAGAAGAAGGCUCAAGUCUUUUGUCUUCUCCAGCCACGCAUGUCCCAUUCGUUUGUUAGCUACUAUAAUUAUCUUUGUACAAUGACACAAGGCUCAUGUAUCGUAUUACAUGGUGACCUCCCUUCCGUUAUCACCAAGGUGACCGUUGAAGUCUUGUUGACCUGGAUGGGGAUAGGCAAGCAGGCCGUUGAGGAUACUGGUGAAGAAAAGUACCCGCAGCUUGUCAGCUACCCUGACAUGACGGGGAUAGAUACCAUCCGCAGUGAACACGACGAAGAAGCGAGUAUGUUCUUCCCGACCCCAGGGCGUUCCGGGUUUGUUGGUGGCCUCAAGAUACGCCACCUGUCACCCCGCAUUAUGGAGAAAUACAUCCACAAGAAAGGUAGCCCUGUCACCGAUUUCGCCAAAUCAUGGGCUACCGAUCUACCAUACCAAGAGCUAGCGGUUAAGCACCUGAAGCAUAUUAUUACGGAGGAUGUGAGUGUCAUCGCUCUCAAUGCGGUCUUCGCCACACUCUGGCGCAACAUCUGCGAUGACCGAACCCACCCCGCCCGAUCGGAGUUACUCAACGCAUUCAGCUUACAUGUAAGCCGAAUAAAUAACGCUGAAGAUCGGUCCCGGAUGACGGAAUGGUUAGAAGCAUCAUACGACUACUCUGGAGAAGUUGCAGAAUUUAUCAAUAGUGUCCCAGAGGCCGAACGAUUUCCCUGUGUUUGCUUCGAUCCUACCCUCAUUUUCAAGCACUCCAACCCCAUUAAUGAUGAGAGAGCCAAGCAGGAAGCGGCGGAUAUUACCAAGUUCACAAGGGCAGAGCUUCUGGAGAUAGGCCGGUCAUGCCACCCAGACAUCCUUCGCCGUCUAGGCCGGGUUCUAACUCAGCUAACUUACAUUGAGAGUCCAGCCGAUAUGCCCGAGCAUAUUGCGUCAAUGACGAAUAGAGAAGUUCCAAAGAUUCCUAUGGCUCUCGCGAAAGACGAGCAUGAACGCCGUUUCUGGCGAAUCCUACUGCAUGUUGUUGUCCCGGGUACAAUGCUGUCUUCUCGGCCAGCCUCCAUUCUGGCUGCUUUUGCUUUGAGACUAGGUAUCACACCUUUAAUACCUGCAGCUGAGACGGAAGUACUGGCUAUGAGGGAAUACUGGAACAACAUCGAGGCACCAGAAACAUGGACGGUUUCAUGUCUCUCCCUACUCGUCGAUGCUGAUCACAAGUACCAACAGCGGCGGGCAUUGGAACAGGCAAUGGACCAUGCUGGUGAAGUCGCCGCUGCAGAGAUCAAGCCACCGACGCUUUUGAAGCCGAGUGAUCGAGAGCUUUUCGAGAAGUUGAUCGCCUACCGGUUCUUGGAGCUGAAUCUCCACACAACGGUUACCGCUCAGAUUGGAUGGACGCCCGAAAGAACGACAUUCCCCAUCGGCCCUCUCGUCACCUGUCGGACCUGUCAGUACCCACGAUCCGUCACCAUUAUGGGCCGGGAUGGGCAAUGCGGCAUGUGUAUAAACGCGGGGUUUCCCGAGGCGUACGGUGCUACAAAGGAAGAUACCGAACAGACACCGAUAACAUGGGUGGAAUGCUACUAUCCAGCCUGUAGGGUACAAUAUGUAGUGUAUGGAGUCCACAAGCUACGAGUCCGGCCGAAAUGCUACUACUGCAGAGCACAGAAUGCUUCAAAGCGCACAGGGGACGCACAGCACUCGCUCCAGAAUGCGCCCUAUGUGGAAUGUCACUGGUGUCUGAGUCGAAUAAUCUGGCCGGAGCCAUAUCGCCCUGCUAACUUCUCCGAGGCUGAUUUUGUUUGCCCAGCGUGUAUGGCAGGCCGGCAAACAAUAGUAAGCGAGGAGACGAGUGCGGAGCAGCUGGCUGGAGAAAACACGCUGUCCUGGCUCAUUAAAGACUCCCUGCAGCCAGAUGGUCAUGUUUUCAGCGACCGCUCGCUUUACCACACCGUGUCAACAAUCGGGCCCGAUAACUUUGUCUCGCGUAUCACACUUUUCCCGGUGUUGAACCCGCGCCUCACAGUGCGAGGCAAGCUGAUUCGGAAUAUCGGUAGAAUGAUUAACACGGCAGCCCUCGUAUGUCCGUUCUGCCGACGGUUCCCUUCCGCCAAAACACUAGCUAAGCAUGGCAUGGGCAUCCAUGCCGUCGGAAAUCUUCAAACUGCAAUCCAAGAACGUGGAACAUGGAUUUACGCCUGGUGCCGGGCUUGUGCUACGGCGAAACCGUACCUGGAACGGGUUUGUGCCCAGGGAACGCCAACAGAGGUCACUAACUGGCGCUGUGAAGACUGCUCUGCGCCGCAAAAUACUCGAGUCCGACCCUGUCCGGGGUGUGGAGUCAUGACGGAAAAGAUCAGUGGAUGCGGUCACAUUGAGUGUGAAGUGGAAGGUUGCCACACCCAUUGGUGUUACUUCUGCGGGGGCAAAUUCGAUCAAGAUGCUAUUUACAAUCAUAUGAAGGACGCGCACGGCACAAUAUAUGACCAGGAAGAUGAGCUUUACGACGAUUUUGACGACUAG